UUCUCUAGUUGAAAAUGCUAAAUUGGUUGCACGCCUUGGGUCUCUUUCUAUAUUGAUAAAAGCUCUACCUGAAUUUUCUUCAGUUUCUGAAAACUCUCGUCCUUGUUGGUUUACUUUAGUGCGUAAAAAAUUAUGCAAAAUGCAACAAGUUUCAACGAUUGAAAUUGUCGUUUCAACUUUUGUCUCAAUUGGCCUAAAAAAUACUCGCCAUUUUUGAGCUAAAAUGCCAAAUGCAUUUUCCACCACACGUCUAGCUCGACAUAAACGAGUAUUAUAAUUUUCUUUUCGUCUGUCACUUCUAGAUUGCUUGUAGGGAAAAGGUCUCAUUAAAAAAGAUUUCAAAGCAAAGGCCUCAUCUCCAAUCAAAACAUGUGGACAAGGAACAUUCAUUAAACCUGCUUCAAAUCUCUGGCCCAUGUUUGAAUUUUCAAAUAUGCCUCCGUCGCUAUUUUUUCCGUAGCCUCCUACAUCAAUGCAUAUAAAUUUGUAAUUAGCAUCAACGAUGGCCAUCAGUACAAUUGAGAAUUUUUUCAAAUAACAAAAAUGGUUUGACCCGGUUUUUCCAGGGCAUUUUAUAGUUACAUGUUUUCCGUCCAAACUGCCGAUGCAGUUAGGAAAUUGCCACAUGUUUAGAAAAUCUUCAGCUGAUUUUUGCCAUAUUUCUGUUGUCGGUUCGGGAAGAGAAAUAGGCUGUAAUCUUUUACGUAUAGCUUCACAUACUUCAUUUAUAAUUGUAGAGACUGUUGAAAAUCCAACACGAUAACUGUGCCCUAUUGUACUGAAGCUGUCGCCAGUUGCUAAAAACCUAAAACAGUAUAUUUUUUAGGUGAGGAACUAAAGAGAAGGUGGAGAAGUUUACGUGAUUCUUAUGUGCGAUACUUAAGAGUAAUCAAAACAAGAACUGGGCAAGGUGCACAAAAUAAAACAUGGCAAUGGGCUGAAAGUAUGAAAAUGUUCCAACCUUUCUUGCUUUUUGCUAAAACCUCUUCAAAUGUGCCGGAAGUUGUGACUAAUGUAGAGUCUGCAACUGAGAAAGAUGAUGGUGUAGAUGUUUCGCGUAAUGAAGAGAGUGAAAUUGGUGAUAUAUCUGAGGUACCUUUACCUACAAAAAAUAAAGAGUCUGCUACUUGCGCUGAUGUAACCACCCCGAUUGUAGAACCAGAACCAAAAAAACGAAAAGUCAGAAAUGUACAAAAUACGAAACCAACUUCAGUUGACUCUAUUAUUAGUUAUUUUGAAAGCAGAAAAAAAACAGAAAAAGACUCCACAGAUUUAUUGUUUCUAUCAUAUGCAGGCUUGAUAAAACAAUUUUCUGGAAAACGUCAGGCCGAAACAAAAUUACAAAUUGCUGAAAUAAUUGCCAAGCAAGAGUUAAUGCAUUAUGAAGAGCAGCAGCAGCAGUAGAUAAUUGAACUAUACCAGAGUGCUCAACCAUCAACUUCCAAUAGUUACACCUCUGAUUCGAACUUCUGUGAAACUCCACUUAUUUCGCCAGACCAAGGAACCAUUUCCCAUGAACAUAAUCCAGGUACCAGCAGUGCAGAUUGCGAACAAUCAUUUCCGACUUCAGCAGGCACCU